AUGAGUCGUAAAGAACGGGCAAGGCAGACGGAAACAUGCGAGAACGAGAUUUACAGCAUCACGUCCGAGCUGCUCGGUUUGCUAUCAGAGAAGGUACCGGCAAGCAGCGCUUUUCUGUGGGACGAGUAUCAGCAAGUCAGCGGUCUUGUGACGAAGCUGAUGGACUUACAGAAGGAGGCCGACGACGGCGAAUGGAUCAAGAAGGAACCUGAUGACGUUCGCAAGGCGUCGUUCGUGGAGUGGUGCACGAAGGUCGGCAUUCGAAGCCACGGCGUUCGGCUGGAGUCGAUUACCGGUUUUGGCUGGGGUGUUGUGGCCGACCAACCGCUAGCCUAUGGUACAAAGCUGUUGGAGGUGCCUCGGCGAGCGAUGUUGACCGUGGACGCCGCCUGCAAGGGCAAAAUGAAGACGGCGUUCGCCGCCGACCCUGUGCUUCGGGAGAUGAGCAACGUGGCAUUGGCCGUUUGUGUCGCCAAUGAGAAGCUGCGCGGUCAGCGGUCAUUUUGGCAGCCGUACCUAGACAUGUUGCCGGAAGCAUACGCAAUGCCGUUGUUCUUCUCGAUCGAUGACAUGCAGCUGGUGAAAGGCUGUUCAUGUUUCGACGAUGUACUCCGGUUGUCCCGUUCGGUGGUGCGGCAGUACGCAUAUUUCCGUCAACGGGCGGCCACCGUCGAUCACAGCUGGUUCCAUGACGGUCUGUUUGGAGACAGGCGUUUUACCUUUCGGCUGUACCGUUGGGCUGUUGGCACAGUUAUGACCAGGAUCAACUUCGUACCAGCUAGCGGUACCGACCUCGAUUUAGAGCCUGGCCGUGAGAUCGUCUCAGUACCGGCCAUGAUCCCUUUCCUGGACAUGUUUAACCACGCUGAAGUGCCGCAGUGCUCGGACUUCGACGAUGACGUUGGACGGGUGUUCGCCUCUCGGGAGUAUACGCCCGGUGAGCAGGUGUUUAUCUACUACGGGCCACGACCGAACCGAGACUUCUUCUUCCUCAAUGGUUUCGUCUGCCCCGGCAACACCGCUGACCGUUUCGAACUGAACCUGAGCAUCUCCAAGAGUGACAAAAACUUCGGGAGACGUGCCGCACUUCUGGCGGACUUCCACUUGAGCCCGAAGGCGAAGUUUGUGCUCAGUUCCAAUUCGCCUACGUUGUCCAAUGAACUUUUGUUGUUCGCCGCGGUAUUCGUAGCGAAACCGGAUGAAUUGGACGUGCUUCUCAGCGAUCACCAUUAUCAACACAGAGAUGCCCAUUUUUUGGUGGACGACGUCUUCCGUCCCGAGACGGUCGCGGCGGCGAGGAAAUUCCUCGAUGCCAGACUCAACCUCCUCCUCGCUCGUUAUUCGCCAUCGUCGUGCGUCUAUGGCGAUAGCAACGAUUCAUCAUUUUCCAAUAGAAAGCUAGCGUUGGAAUACGUAAACUUAGAGACUUCGGUGUUGAAGCAUAAUUUAGCCUUGCUGAAACGUCAGGAGGCUGCACAGAAAUGA